AAAUCAACUGUUCCAGAGAAAAAAAAAAGACAUAAGAGCUUAUAAAAAAUAUAUCAAAGCAGAAUAAUGGAGAAGAAAGAUUUCUUGAAGAGUACUGGUCAUGGAGGAGAAGAGAACCAGGAGGUGAUGAGAAAGCUUGAUUCGUCUCACGAUGAUUCUCAUGAAGAGCACGAGCAAAUUAUAAGAUCCAAGUUGGACUCAACUAAAGUCGAAAUGGAGGAGGCUAAAGAGGAAAAUCGAAGGCUAAAGUCAUCAUUGAGUAAAAUCAAGAAAGAUUUUGACAUCCUUCAAACACAAUACAACCAAUUAAUGAUGCAACAUGAAGAACCAAAAAAGUUCUCAUCAAAAGGGCAUCCUCAAGACAAAGACAGAGACAAAGAAAAAGUUAACGAGCGCGAAGAACUUGUCUCGUUGAGCCUAGGUAGACGGUCAAAGUCACCGGUUCCAAGUGGUUCAAGGAUGAAUAAAGAAGAAAACAGUAAAAAAAUUGUGGAGGUGGGUGAUGAAGAAAAACUUGAUGAUUAUGAAAAGGGUAGUGAUCAUGGGUUGAGUGUGGCAUUUGAAUACAAGGAUUUGAGUAACCCUAAUGCGAAGUUUCAGACUGAUCAUAAUAAAGAAAAGAUAUCGCUGGAGACUGGUGACACUAAUAAGAGUACAUCAGAGAAUAAUUUUGGGUUUAAGAAUGAUGAAGAUGAUCAUGACGAUCAAGAAGAGCUUUUGCCUCAAAACCUUGUUAAGAAAACUAGGGUUUCUGUGAGAUCAAGAUGUGAGACACCAACGAUGAAUGAUGGAUGUCAAUGGAGGAAAUAUGGUCAGAAAAUAGCAAAAGGAAAUCCAUGUCCUCGAGCUUACUAUCGGUGUACCAUUGCAGCUUCUUGUCCCGUAAGAAAACAGGUGCAAAGAUGUUCAGAAGAUAUGUCUAUCCUUAUCUCAACAUACGAAGGAACACAUAACCACCCACUUCCCAUGUCAGCAACCGCAAUGGCCUCUGCCACUUCAGCCGCCGCCUCCAUGCUGCUCUCGGGUGCCUCCUCCUCCUCCUCCUCUGUCGCUGCAGCUGAUCUUCAUGGCCUUAACUUCUCUCUCUCCGGCAAUAUCACUCCAAAAUCUAAAUCACCUUUCCUCCAAACCUCUUCUUCUUCCCCUUCCUCUUCAGGCCAUCCCACCAUCACUCUUGACCUCACAUCCUCAUCCUCAUCACAGCAACCGUUCAUAUCCAUGCUCAAUCGAUUCAAUUCUCCUACUGGCAAUGUCUCGAGAUCGAAUAGUUAUCCUUCAACCAAUCUUAACUUCUCAAACAACACCAAUACAUUGCAGAAUUGGAGUGCUGGUGGUGGUAUUCACAGUAGUCAAUACCGUGCACCUUACGGCAACAUUAGCACCCAUCAGCAAUUACCUUACCAAAGCAUCAUUCAAACCCGAACCGCCGGGUCAUCUUUUGAUCCAUUUGGAAGGUCAUCCUCAUCGUCAUCUUCAUCUUCAUCUCAUCCUACACAAACCAAUCAUGAUCACAUAGGAAUCAAGAACAUUAUGACUCAUCAAGUGUCAUCUUUACCAGCAGAAACAAUAAAGGCGAUCACGACAGAUCCAAGUUUUCAGUCGGCUUUAGCAACUGCUCUAUCGUCCAUCAUAGGCGGCGGUGACUUAAAGAUUGAUCAUAAAGUGACUAGAAACGAUGCCGAGAAGAGCCCUUAAAGGAAGCGCUAUGUAUUUCCUAGUACCUUGAUACAUGGGUUACGUUUAGUCUUUUACUAGUAUCCUAGUUUAUCAAUAUUUUGGUUAUUUAAACAUUUGUAUAAGUUGUCGUUGGAGUUUUAUGUAACUAAUCUGUACAUAUGAAACUUUAGAACGAAUAAAUACAACUUGGAAAACCUUUAGAGAA